AUGGCAGAUCCGCCACAAGUCCGCCGAGAGCUAGUGUUUGAGUUUUCAAUUCUCCCUGUUACUUGGUUCGGAAAAACGCUUGAAGAAGAAGAAGAAGAAGCUAAGGAAUUGAACUCACUUAAGCGGCCCGAUAAGUCUGUUACUACCGAAGAUGUCUCGGAGCUGAAUCCGGUGGACGGUUAUUUCUUGAGAUAUAAAUGGUAUCGUGUGCAGAGUGAUAAAAAAGUUGCAGUUUGUAGCAUUCACCCGACCGAGCAGGCCUCCUUGCAGUGCCUCUUAUGCAUCAAGGCGAAAAUACCCGUUGGCAAGAGCUACCACUGUUCCUCUAAAUGUUUCGCCGACGCAUGGCCCCAUCACCGUGCCCUCCACGAACGUGCAGCCAGCACCGUCAGCGAAAAUGGCAACGAGGAGGACGAGAUUUCCAGCAGCGUAAGCCUGCCAACCUCUCAGUCAAACCCCAACCUGGCGAAUGGCGGUGCCGCCCUCUACCCAGCUGCGGUUGCUCAGAGGAACGGCGGUGAGACGUGGUUUGAGGUCGGAUACCAAAAGAUGUACACGCCGACUGCUGAUGAUGUUGGCCACGUACUCAAGUUUGAGUGUGUCGUGGUGGAUGCCGAGACGAAGUUGGCCGUGGCGCCGACCAACACACUGCUGACCUCCCGCGUGAUCCCUGCUCCCUCGCCCAGCCCCCGACGGUUGAUUCCACUGAGUGGGAUUGACAUGCCUGGGAGUUUGGGUAUGGACGGCCGGAUUAUGUCGGUUGGUACAUUUACAGUGCUCUCGUACAAUAUCCUGUCGGAUAAGUAUGCAACGAGUGAAUCGUACAGCUACUGCCCGACUUGGGCUCUUUCUUGGAACUACCGUAGGCAGAACCUCCUACGGGAAAUAAUUGGUUAUCAUGCUGACAUCGUAUGUCUUCAAGAGGUUCAAAGUGAUCAUUUUGAGGAAUUCUUUGCUCCUGAGCUGGAUAAACAUGGGUAUCAAGCUUGUUUCAAAAGGAAAACAGCAGAGGUUUUUGUUGCGUCCAUCAGCAGUGUUGAUGGUUGUGCUACUUUCUUCCGUCGUGAUAGAUUCUCUCAUGUCAAAAAAUAUGAGGUUGAGUUCAAUAAAGCAGCACACUCUCUGACUGAUGCUUUGGUUCCUAGCGCACAAAAGAGAAAUGCUCUAAAUCGGUUGGUCAAGGAUAAUGUUGCAUUGAUUUUAGUACUUGAGGCCAAGUUUGGUAGCCAAAGUAUUGAUAACCCUGGGAAGCGCCAGCUUGUCUGUGUGGCAAAUACACAUGUAAAUGUGCCUCCAGAGUUGAAAGAUGUCAAGCUUUGGCAGGUCCAUACAUUACUGAAAGGUCUAGAAAAAAUUGCUGCAAGUGCAGACAUCCCAAUGUUGGUCUGUGGCGAUUUCAGUUCAGUACCUGGAAGUGCUCCUCAUACCCUCCUUGCUAUGGGAAAAGUUGAUCCAAUUCAUCCUGACUUGACCGUGGACCCCCUUGGAAUCCUUCGCCCCACUGCUAAAUUAACCCAUCAGUUGCCAUUGGUAAGUGCUUACUCAUCUUUGGCGAGAGGUGGGGUUGGUUAUGGCCUAGAGCAGAGGAGGAGAAUGGAUCCUGCUACAAACGAGCCUCUGUUCACAAACUGCACUAGAGAUUUUAUCGGUACCCAUGAUUAUAUAUUUUAUUCAGCCGAUUCGUUAACAGUGGAGUCCCUGUUAGAACUAUUGGAUGAGGAUAGCUUGCGUAAAGACACAGCUCUUCCUUCUCCCGAAUGGUCUUCUGAUCACAUUGCACUCUUAGCCGAAUUCCGCUGUAUGCCCCGAGCUAGACGCUGA